ACUCGGAGCGCGCGCGGGAGCGAGCUUUGAAAGUUGACUACAGCGGAGGCGAGCAGGUUUCUGUGUGAUCAUGGUGGCGCUGCCGGGCCUUGGGAGCGGCCUGCAGCCGUGGUGCCCGUUGGAUCUCAGGCCGGAAUGGGUGGACACAGUUUGGGAACUGGACUUCACAGAGACUGAACCUUUGGAUCCCAGCAUAGAAGCAGAAAUUGUAGAGACUGGAUUGGAUGCAUUCACAAAACUCUAUGAAAGUCUUUUCUGCUUUGCUGUUGAAGAACAUGGAUCUACAGAGAGCAUUUGGACCUUCUUCGCUGAGAACAAUAUUUCUCACAGUGCACUGGUGGCAUUGUUCUAUCAUUUUGUUCAAACAGUCCAUAAGAAAAACGUCAGUGUACAAUAUCGAGAAUAUGGCCUUCAUGCCGCUGGGCUUUAUUUUCUGCUAUUAGAAAUACCAGGCAGUGUAGCCAAUCAAGUAUUCCACCCAGUGAUGUUUGACAAAUGUAUACAGAUUCUAAAAAAGAGCUGGCCUCAAGAAUCUAACUUGAGUCGGAAAAGAAAGAAAGAACAGCCUAAGAACUCACGGGCUGUUUCAAGAGGGCAUAGAAAAAGAGGAAAGCCACGCAGGAAAGAGGAUAUUGAGAUGGAUGAAAUUAUAGAAGAACAAGAAGAUGAAGAGAGUAUUUGUUUUUCUGCCUGGGACCUUUGUCAAAUUCGAAAUGCCAUCUUUCACCUUUUGAAGAAUUUUCUAAGGCUUCUGUCCAAGUUUUCCCUGAAAGAAAAACCACAGUGUAUACAGAAUUGUAUAGAGGUCUUUGUGGCAUUAACUAAUUUUGAGCCAGUUCUUCAUGAAUUUCAUGUUACACAAGCCAGAAACCUUAACCAAGCAAAGUACAUACCAGAACUGGCCUAUUAUGGAUUGUAUUUGCUAUGCUCUCCAAUUCAUGGAGAAGGAGACAAGGUUAUCGGUUGUGUUUUCCAUCAAAUGCUAAAUGUAAUAUUAAUGUUAGAAGUAGGUGAAGGAUCCCAUCGUGUCCCCCUUGCUAUUACUUCACCAGUCAUCAAUAGUAGAAACCAGGCAGUCCGGUUUAUCAGCUCACUUGUGGAUGAACUAAAGGAAAGUAUAUUCCCAGUUCUUCGUAUCUUACUCCAGCACAUCUGUGCCAAGGUGAUAGAUAAAUCAGAGUAUCGCACCUAUGCAGCUCAGUCCCUGGUCCAGCUUCUCAGCAAACUUCCUUGUAGGGAAUAUGUUACAUUCAUCGCCUGGCUUUACAGAUAUUCACGAAGUUCCAAGAUCCCACACAGGGUUUUCACUCUUGAUGUUGCCUUAGCUCUGUUGGAGCUGCCGGAAAGAGAGGUGGAUAACACACUCUCUUUGGAGCAUCAGAAGUUCUUAAAGCAUAAGUUCUUGGUGCAGAACAUUAUGUUUGACCGUUGUUUAGACAAGGCACCAACUGUCCGCAGCAAGGCAUUGUCCAGUUUUGCACAUUGCCUGGAGUUGUCUGUUACCAGUGCAUCGGAGAGCAUACUGGAGUUUCUCAUUAGCAGUUCUACAAUUUCAGGAGUAGAGAGCCACCCUGGUACUUUACUAAAAGAGUCAUCAGCUUUUUCCUGUCAGAGGCAGACACUUAACCCUUCUGGAAGCUCAGGGUUGAUAAAUACAGACAGCAGUGGUGACACAGUUGGAUCUAGGGAAAUAUGUGUCAUGGCAAUGUUGAGAAAGAGAAUCAGGGAUGAGAAGACCAACGUUAGAAAGUCUGCGCUCCAGGUAUUAGUGAGUAUUUUGAAACACUGCAGUGUCUCGGGUAUGAAAGAAGAGCUAUCAAUUCUGCAGGACCAAUGUCGGGACCCUGCAGUGUCUGUCCGGAAGCAGGCCCUGCAAUCUCUUACUGAGCUUCUUAUGGCCCACCCUAGAUGUAUCCAGAUACAGAAAGCCUGGCUGAUGGGGAUCAUCCCAGUUGUGAUGGACUGUGAGAACACUGUGCAGGAAAAGGCCCUGGAAUGCCUUGACCAGCUCUUGUUGCAGAACAUUAAGCAUUACAAUAAAUUUCACAGUGGAGAUGACAGCCAGGUGCUAGCUUGGGCGCUUCUUGAUCUCCUCAGCACAGAAAGCCAAGAAUUGAGCCGCUAUUUAAAUAAGGCUUUUCAUAUCUGGUCCAAGAAAGGUAAAUUCUCAUCUACUUUUAUAAACAAUAUGAUAUCCCACACUGGCACGGAACAUUCCGCACCAGCCUGGAUGCUGCUCUCCAAGAUUGCCUGCUCAUCACCCAAGCUGGACUACGCCAAAGUCAUAGACUCCUGGGAGAAAAUCAGCAGUCAACAGAAUCCCAAUUCAAACACCUUAGGACAUAUUCUCUGUGUUAUUGGACAUAUUGCAAGGCAUCUUCCUAAGAGUACCCGAGAAAAGGUGACUGAUGUUGUCAAGUGUAAGCUGAAUGGAUUCCAGUGGUCUCUAGAGUUGAUCAGCUCAGCUGUUGAUACUUUGCAAAGACUCUGUAGAGCAUCUGCAGAGACACCUGUGGAGGAACAGGAAUUACUAAAGGAAGUGUGCGGGGAUGUCCUGUCCACCUGUGUACACUGCCUCUCCAACAUCGUUCUGAAGGAAGAUGGAGCCGGGAAUAUGGAUGAAGACCUGUUGGUGAAGUAUAUUUUCACCUUAGGAGAUAUAGCCCAACUCUGUCCAGCCAGCGUGGAGAAGCGAGCCUUCCUUCUGAUUCAGUCCAUUCUAGCUUCUUCUCCUGAUGCAGAUCAUUUAACAUCCUCUCAAGGUAGGAGUGAAGCCCCAGCCUCUCAACCAGUUCCCCAGGUCAGAGGCUCUGUCAUGCCUUCUGCGAUUAGAGCACAUGCCAUCAUUACGCUGGGUAAGCUGUGCUUACAGCAUGAGGAUCUUGCAAAGAAGAGCAUCCCGACCCUUGUACGAGAGCUUGAGGUGUGCGAUGACAUGGCUGUUCGCAACAAUGUUGUAAUUGUUAUGUGUGACCUUUGUAUCCGGUACACUGUCAUGGUGGAUAAGUACAUUCCCAAUAUCUCCAUGUGUCUGAAGGAUUCAGAUCCAUUCAUCCGAAAGCAAACGCUCAUCUUGCUUACCAAUCUCUUGCAGGAAGAGUUUGUGAAGUGGAAGGGCUCUCUGUUCUUUCGGUUUGUCAGCACUCUGAUUGAUUCCCACCCAGACGUUGCCAGGUGCAUGUUAGAUGCCUCUUCUAGGUUUGGGGCACAGGAGGAAGGAGCAUGCCCAGGGUUGGCUGAGGAGUCCAGAGCUCGUUUCGGGGAGUUUUGCCUGGCUCACCUGUUGCUGAAGAGAAAUCCUGCCAUGUUCUUCCAGCACUUCAUUGAGUGUAUUUUCCACUUCAAUAAUUAUGAGAAGCAUGAGAAGUAUAACAAGUUCCCCCAAUCAGAGAGAGAGAAGCGGCUCUUUUCACUGAAGGGAAAGACAAACAAGGAGAAACGAAUGAAAAUCUACAAGUUUCUUCUAGAGCACUUCACAGAUGACCAGAGAUUCAAUAUCACUUCCAAAAUCUGCCUUAGUAUUUUGGCGUGCUUCGCCGACGGCAUCCUGCCCCUGGAUAUGGAAGCCAGUGAGUUACUCUCAGAUACCUUUGAGGUCCUCAGCUCAAGGGAAAUCAAACUUUUGGCAAUGAGAUCGAAACAAGAUAAGGACCUCCUUAUGGAAGAAGAUGACAUGGCCCUGGCAAAUGUAGUCAUGCAGGAAGCUCAGAAAAAGCUCAUCUCACAUGUUCAGAAGAGGAAUUUCAUAGAAAACAUUAUUCCAAUUAUCAUCUCCCUGAAGGUUGUGCUAGAGAAGAAUAAGAGCCCAGCUUUGCGGGAGCUCAUGAACUAUCUCAGGGAGGUGAUGCAGGAUUACCGAGAUGAAAUCAAGGAUUUCUUCGCAGUUGACAAACAGCUGGCAUCAGAACUAGAGUAUGACAUGAAGAAGUACAAUGAACAGCUGGCCCAGGAACAAGAGCUGGCGAAGCAAACAGAGGUGAACAAGGAAGCGGCAGGUGCCACGCAGGUUGCUCCAAGUUUAGAAAUAAUGCCAGCUCCUGCUGGUCAAGAAAAUGCCGCUGUGCCCCACGCUGCGAGCCAGCCCUCAUCACCCACAUCAAGCACUAGCCAAGCACCUCCUUUGCCUCUUUCACUUGAAACUAAGCCAUUGAAGAGGUUAAUGCCCAAAGCCAGGUCCAUGUCCCUGAGUACCAUUGCAAUCCUGAACUCUGUCAAGAAAGCUGUGGAGUCGAAUAGCAGGCGUCGGAAUCGGAGCAUAGGAGUGUUGCCCUUCACUUUAAAUUCGGAAAGCCUGGGCAAAAUGCACAAUCAUGCAUCUUCAUACAGCUUGGAGCAAGAGUCCAGUGGAGCCAUUGACCAUGUAACUAAACGAGCAGUCAGUACUCCUGAGAAGACCAUCAGUGACGUGACGUUUGAAGCAGGAGUCAGCUACAUAGGCACACCACGGACGCCUUUUUCAGUCAAAGAGAAAAUUGAACCCGCGAAUCAAGGAAAUGACAUUUUAUGUUUAUCAUUGCCUGAUAAACCGCCUCCACAGCCUCAGCAGUGGAAUGUGAAGUCUCCGGCCAGAAAUAAAGACAACCCAGCCCCUAGUAGGAGGUCGCUCCGAAAGACCCCCCUGAAAACGGCCAACUGAAUAAAACAGCGCACUCUAGUGUCCGAGAAGCAGGAGCUCGGAAGGACACCCUUUUCUGCAUGUGAAGAACAGACAUUUGGCUUUCCUCACAACCCUAAGGACGCUGUCACUAUGUCCUGUCAGAGCUUGUCCUUAUGAUUCCAGCCUCUCUGAUUCUGUGUAGUUCGUCUGUGUAGCUGGCCAUCUUUUCUUUUUAUGAAGUAUGUGGUCAAAAAUUAUAAAAUAAUACGGAAAGGGCUUAGCUAUUUAUUAUAACUUGACUCCAUUUGAAAGUCCAUCCAUUCUGAUAAGCUGUAUUCUGGUCCUUGAGGAACACAACACAUCAGCUUUCUUUUAUAUAAAUCCAGCCUCUGUUAGCUGAUAUCAGUUCCUUAUAGUAGAUAAUUUCGCAUUAUCCAAUGACAAGAUUUCAAUUGUAAUAUUUUUUCUAUUUAUGAAUUGCAGAUUUUUUUAAAAAGAUGUAUGGCUUUCUAAAAUGGAAUAAUAAAGGUUAAGCAUAAAUGCAGCCCUCUAGUAGUCAAUAGAAUUUUUCUGUUUUUGGAACAGGGCUUUUAUUGGUAGUCAUUUUAAUUUACAUAAAGUGUUCAAGAAUAAUAAAACCAAGUCUUUCCUGUUCGUUAAAAAAAUGACUCGGUUUGUCUUUAAGGUUCAAUUUGUCUGUCCCACUGUCUUUGUCCCCAGACAGCUGUCCACCUCCUAACAACAGAUGUCCCUCUUAGUGUAUAAAUAC